AUGGCCGCCCUCGGCUGGCCGCUGGCCCUGCUGGCGGUGGGGCUGCUGGGGCUCCUGGGGCUGGCCCUGCGGCAGCGGCCGCGUCUCCGGCCCAGGGGCCCCCCGGGGCUGCCCCUGAUCGGCAGCCUGCACCGCCUCCGCGGGCCCGGCGGCCCCUUCGCCGCCCUCAGCCGCCUGGCCCUCGUCUACGGGGACGUCUACGAGAUCCGCCUGGGCGCCGCCCCGUGCGUCGUCGUCAGCGGCUACGACUCCAUCAGGGAGGUCCUCGUCACCAAGGGCAGCCACUUCGGGGGGCGGCCCGACUUCCUGCGAUUCCACCGUCUCUUCGGGGGCGACCGGAAUAACUCCCUGGCCCUCUGCGACUGGUCCGACCUGCAGUGCAAGCGGAGGUCGAUCGCGCGCGGCUUCUGCUCGCCGCGCGUCGGCAGCCCGCGGGAGGACGAGCUGUCGAGGGUCGCCGUCCAGGAGGUGCAGAGGCUGCUGGCCGACCUGGACCGCGACGAGAGCCGACCCGUCCUGCGGGGCGAGCGGCCCCUGAAGCCGCUGCUGCUCGCCGCGGUGGCCAACAUGUUCACCGGCUACAUGUGCUCGACUCGCUUCGACUACCGCGAUCGGGACUUUUGCGGGGUGGUCCGCCGCUUCGACGAGAUCUUCUGGGAUAUCAACCAGGGCUACGCGGUCGACUUCCUCCCGUGGCUGGCGCCCCUCUAUUGGCGGCACCUGCGGCGCCUCGACGCCUGGGCCACCGAGAUCCGGAGCUUCAUCCUUCGGAGGAUCGUCGACGAGCACCGGAGGACGAUGGACCGGGCGGGCGGCGUCCCGCGGGAUUUCACCGACGCCCUCCUUCUGCACCUCGAGAGUCCCGAGUCCGAGCUCUCCUGGGAGCACGCCAUCUUCGAGCUGGAGGACUUCCUCGGAGGGCACUCGGCCAUCGGCAACCUGGUCACGCUGAUCCUGGCCAACGCGGCGCUCCGCCCGGAGGUUCAGCGCCGCGUGCGGGAGGAGUGCGACGUCGUCCUGGCGCGGUCCGGCCGGACGGCCGGGUCGCUCGUUACUCUGGAGGACCGACGCGACAUGCCCUACACCGAAGCCGUCGUCUGGGAGACCCUUCGCGUCUCCAGCUCCCCCAUCGUGCCCCACGUCGCCACGAGGGACUCGGACAUUGGCGGCUUCCACGUCCCCAAGGAUGCCAUGAUCAUCGUCAACAACUAUCCGUUGAACCUCGCCGAGGAGUACUGGGGGCCCGACUCCAAGGCGUUCCGGCCGGAGCGGUUCCUGCGGCGCGUCGACGGAUCCGCCGAGCCCCGCUUCCGGCUGCACCGGCCCGGCCACUUUAUGCCCUUCUCCACCGGCAAGCGCACCUGCAUCGGCCAGCGCCUCGUCCAGGGCUUCGCCUUCGUCCUGGUGGCCGCGCUCUUCCACCGCUUCGACGUCUUCGCCGUCCGGCCGGCCGACGUCGAGGCCAUGCUGCUCCCGGGGUGCGUCGCCGUUCCGCCCGACCCCUGCCGGCUGGUGCUCGCGCCCCGGGCCCGGCCCGGGCCUUGACUCUCGGGACACCCUCGGCGAGCUUUCCCGCUCCGGAAUUUCCCUUUUUGCCCGCUGCGGAUGCGCCUUUCCUCGCCUCGCGCGCCCCUGACGCUGGAGCGCGCGCGGGGCGGGACCGCAAACCAGUCCGACGCGACUCGGGCCCUCUCGCUCCCGGGCAUCUCGCGAAGAGUCGGCCGCGAGCGCGCGCCGAGUACUUUAAA